CCCUUCCUCUCAGGAACUGCUUCAGUCCCAAUCAGUUCAAAAUGCGCUGCAGGUUACUGAACAUUUUAUUUCUCACAAUAAUGCGGAUAAAACACAGCUCGGACUCAUGGCUUACUUAACCCCCGCGGGAUAAACACAAGAUUCGGAGUUUUUAAAGAGAAGUUUGUAUUUAUUUGAUAGUUUUUUAGACCAGUUCUCCGCGAUGACACAUUUAUUGGAGCUGUGAGUCCUAGAGCAGAAAAGACAAAGGAGAGAAAAGGCUUUCAGAAGCUACGAUGGUUUGGGCCUAAAACAAGACAAGAGCAACAUGAACCGUGAAGACCGGAAUGUGCUCCGUAUGAAAGAAAGAGAAAGGAGAAAUCAAGAAAUCCAGCAGGGAGGAGAGGCCUUUCCAGCCAGCUCCCCCCUCUUUCCCGAACCUUAUAAAGUGUCCAGCAAGGAAGACAAACUCUCGAGUCGCAUCCAGAGCAUGCUAGGAAACUACGACGAAAUGAAAGAAAUCAUCGGUGAGCCUCCCAUGUCCAAACUCCUGGCCAAAGGAUCGAACACUUCCUCCUCAGAGGAGAAGUCUCUGUACGCCGAGCAGCGAGGCGGAGUCAGCCAGAAUCAGAGCAACAAAUGGACUCCUAUCGGUUCAAACUCCGGAACCUCUUCCUCAUCUUUAUCCAAGUCCCAGAACCGCUCAGGUUCGUCCAAUCAGAGCGGCCACGGCACGAGCCAGCGCAGCGGUGCUAACAGCCAGCGGCACGAACGCGAAUUCAGUAGCAAGAAAUCCAGCAAACAUGAGCACAAGGGCUCCACGAACUCGAGCGGACACUCGCGCUCGCUAGCGGUCGAGCAGCACGGCAAGGAGCGCUACCACUCCAAAUCGCCCAGAGACCGCGAGGCCAACUGGGACUCGCCAUCCAGAGUGCACUCCUCCUCCUCCGCUUCCUCCGCCUCUGCUUCAUCGUCCGCCUUUCCCAGCGGGCAGCACUCAGGCCAGGCUUUUCCUCCCUCGCUCAUGUCCAAACCCGGCUCCAUGCUGCAGAAGCCCACUGCUUACGUCAGACCGAUGGACGGUCAGGAGACGGCCGAGCCCAAGACCUCCUCGUCCUGCUCCGCUUCCUCCUCGGAGUCGUACGGAGGCCAGUCGCAUGGCAGCAGUGUCGGAGAGAUGAAGGCCAACGGAAAAGCGGCGCUCACCAAGCUCAAGAUCCCGGCACCGGUAGAGGGAGCUCUGACGGGAGACGUGAGCUGCGUGGAUGAGAUUUUAAAGGAAAUGACCCAGUCCUGGCCUCCUCCGCUCACAGCCAUACACACCCCCUGCAAGACUGAGCCUUCCAAGUUUCCUUUCCCGACAAAGGAUGGCCAGCACACCAGUUUUGGAGGACUCAAAAAAAGCAUCUCAGGAAAAGGCUCGUCUGCCGCGCAGCAGGCCAAGGCGUGCGAUGGAGACCAGUCCAACAUGCUUCAUGACGAUCUCAAACUCAGUAGCAGUGAAGACAGUGAUGCAGAACAGGAGUCCGCUAAAAGAAACACGUCGGCAAGUAAUAACAACAGUGAAGUAGCUGAGAGAGAGGACUCUAGUAGCCACAGUGGCUCAGAGAGCAGCUCGGGAUCAGAAAGUGAGAGCGAGAGCAGCUCUACGGACAGCGAGGCCAACGAACCGCCUCGCGCUGCCUCACCUGAGCGAGAACAGCCUCCGGCCAAUAAGUGGCAGCUGGACAACUGGCUAUCCAAGAUGGAGGACCGAGAGAGCAGCGCUGCUCGCGGUUACAGCGGCAGCCAGGGGCCCAAAGACUCCGCCCCCGCGGCGGGCCGGGACCAGCGGACCACGCAGAAGGGCUCUGAGAGCGGCCGGGGGAGGCAGAAGUCUCCGGCGCAGAGCACUGAGGGUGGUGCCAACACCAGCCAGAGGCGCUCGGUGGGCAAGAAGCAACCCAAAAAGUCAGAGAAGCCAGCUGUGGCAGAGGAGCCGAAAGGCAGCCUGAAGGUGGAGAGCGAGCCCCGGGCCGAGACGCCGCAGCACCGUGCGAGAGCGCCCAACAAGGGUCCACGCAAACCUGCUGCGAAGAAAGAGCCCAAGAAAGAAGUGCGAGCCCCUCCGGAAAAGCGCAAAUCCAAGCCUCAGGGCAAACAGAAGUCGCGAGAGUUUUUGGAAACGGAGCCGUCGUCGUCCUCGGACUCUGACGAGGAAGAAGAGGAGAGUGCUCCAUCUUCCUCACACACUCCAAAGUACGCCCCCCACGUUUUCUCCCCCAUGGAAGAGAAAGACCUUCUCUCUCCGCUUAGCGAGUCUGACGAGAAACUAAUGGCGCCCAGGCAGCUGCUCGUCUCGAUCGACCUCAGCCUGCUGAGCCGAGUCCCGGGCCGCGUUUAUAAAGACGCAGAGGUGAAGGUGGAGCGGGACUCGGCUAGCGACGGCAAGGACUUCCAGAAACAGCCGGGGGAAAGUAAAGCUAAUAAAGGCAAGAGGAAACAUAAGAAUGAUGACAGCCUUAAACCAGAAAGCAAGAAGUCCAGGAUGGAAGAGAAGUCUUCGCACCAUAAACCGAAUAAGGAGUCAUCGAAGCGUGUGGUGGAUAAGGAUAAAGAGCCUGUCCCGUCUCCUUCCCUGACCCUUCAGCGCACGCCCAAGUCAGAGCACCAGGGUCGCAAACGCACGGCCAGUCAGUCGUCCAGCUCACUGCCCAUCAGCACCAACAGCAAGGACGUCCCCAAGAGCAGCUCCAGCUCCAAACACCGCAAGGGCGAGGACAAGCAGAGCCGCAGCAGCCGAGACACCAAGGAUAAAAGCUGUAAAACAGAGAAUCAGCUGGCUGUACCUCCUCUCCCCUCGGACAAUUCCAAGAGGUCCAAGCUGCACUUUGAGGACCGGGUUCAUUCAGCCGACCAUUACCUCCAAGAAGCUAAGAAGCUGAAACACAAUGCAGACGCUCUGAUGGACAGAUUUGAGAAAGCGGUGUAUUACUUGGAUGCUGUAGUGUCCUUCAUCGAGUGUGGGAAUGCGUUGGAGAAAAGUGCGCAGGAAGCAAAGUCCCCUUUCCCCAUGUAUGCUGAAACUGUGGAACUCAUUAAGUACACUAUGAAGUUAAAGAGUUAUAUGGCACCAGACGCUACCUCAGCAGACAAAAGGCUGGCAGUGUUGUGCUUGAGAUGUCAGUCUCUCCUCUACUUAAGGCUCUUUAAACUGAGGAAGGAAAGUGCACUGAAGUACUCGAAGACACUCACUGAACAUUUGAAGAAUUCAUUGAGUAAUACUCAGGCGCCGUCUCCUGGGAUGGGAAAUAAAGCGGUCGGUAUGCCGUCCCCAGUGUCGCCCAAAGUGUCUCCAGGCAGCGCAGGCAGUUACUCCUCCAGCAGCUCCUCGAGUCAGAGCAGCAGCUCCUCCGUCACCAUCCCACAGCGCAUCCACCAGAUGGCCGCCAGCUACGUGCAGGUCACUUCUAACUUCCUCUACGCCACCGAGGUGUGGGAGCAGGCCGAGCAGCUGGCCCGGGAGCAGAGAGAGUUCUUCAUUGAGCUAGAUAAAGCGAUGGGCCCGCUGAUCUUCAACACCAGCAGCAUGACUGAACUGGUCCACUACACACGGCAAGGACUCCACUGGCUACGGCUCGACGCCAAGCUCGUCUCAUAACACUCUCCCACCUCUUCUUCCUUCUUUUCUCUCCUCCCUUUCUUGCCUUACUCACAUUUAUUUAAUCUGCCUCAGACAUAUGUGACACUGUGUCCAUUAUCAAUACCAGCUUGCCAAAAAAAAAAAAACAACAAAAAACUGAGCAAAGCAACACUGAGUGCUAUUUGGAUAGCCCCGCCCCCUCUCUGCUACUCCUUCAUGGCGAGGUGACCAAACGUCUUCAUCAGCGGAGCGUCGUCAGGCUGCAGCGUCUCGUCCCGCUGGAAAACAAAAAAAGCCAUCUUUUUUUUCAUUUUUUUUCUUUUUUUUAAUCUUGACAGCUGUGAACACUUUUUAUGGUCUCUCUCUCUCUCUCUUGUUUUUUUUUUUUUUCUUUCUUUUUUUUAACCAGCGUACCUCCCUUUAACCAAAGGUGCUUUAAAUAAUAAGGGUUUGUCCUUCUCUCUCUCUUUGUGCCUUGUAUAUGAUAUACAGGAAUCUUGUCUGUGCACACGGGCCGGUUGUUGAACCGGGUUGAAUUGUUAGACAGGAAGUGUGUGACAUGGGGCAAGGCUGCGGAAUGCUAGUGACUUAAUCCGUAAAGCAAGCAUUCCAUUCGGUGCACGGAAACCGGCGUGGCCGAGCUGCAUCACAGAGAGAAAUAUCAUAACAUGCACAAAACAUCAUCCGUCUACGCAGACGCCGAGUCUCGAGCGUGUCGUCUCUCAACACGUCAGCGACGACCAAAAGGACCUGAAGCAUCACCAGUUUAACCCCCAGACUGCCCCGCCCCCCGCCCCCCCCAUCCUCCGUCGUUUUCCCUUUUUCUUCCUCUUCACGUGGACGGUUAUUUUUUUUCCCCGGAUCGUAACACACGUGAUUUCUACUCGCUUUUAGAUUUCUAGAAGAAUCUGUUUAUCCUCUUCCUAAGCACAUGAAUAUUUUAUUACUGCCGCUUCACUUCUCAACUGUGUGUGUGUGUGUGUGUGUGUGUGUGUGUGUGUGUGUGUACACAGUAUAUAUAUUUUAUUUAGAUACAGAAAGUUGUCUUUGUCUGAAUGACAUUUUCACUCACGGAAUAAUGCUCUUCGUCGUCUUCUUCACCUUGAUUACAGGGUUGUAUUAUGGGAUGUAUAUGAAAUUGCCAUAUUUAAGUAUUUAAUACCACUCUCGGGAUUUUCGUUAUAGCAUCAUAGUUGAUUGUCUAUUAUAACAAAUCAUUUAACAGGAAGGAGACACAUAAGGAAUAUAUUUAUUACACAUACUUUAUAUUUAUAGUUUCUACAUGCAGCACAGUACACAGUAUAUUGCAUAUUAAGUUGUUCUGGCCAGAAAAUAUAAGCAGAUUUACUCAUUUAAAAAGAAAAAAGAAAGGAAAAAAAAAAACCACAAAGAAGUGUGUGUGUAUUUUUCCGUAAGGAUUUGUCCGUGCUGCAGUACGUCUAAGCUAAACGUGUACAAACUAACGUGGUACAGGAGAGGAGGAUUCAUAUCUCGUCAGUCUGCAGCGUAUUAAAUGCUGGAAAUCUACCAUCUUUUGCACUAGAAAUGUUUUUGUUUUGUUUUUUAUUCUGUCGGCUCCCGGUUUUCUCUGUAGGGACAAACUGUUAUUUCUUCUUGCACUCGUUCAGAGUCGAGGAAGAAAUCAGUCUAUGCAGACUUUUUUUUAUCGGCUCUCUCGGCUAACUCGGGCAGUAGUUCAGCAAUUACUUCAGCUGUGUUUUCACAAAGUAUUAAACAUCGACGUUAAAGCGUGACUCUAGCUACUUCCUUCUUUAUAAUAUAAUAUAAUAUAAUAUAAUAUGUAAUAUAUACGGUUCUUGUAAGGGACAACGCACCCAAAGAUAUUCUGCGUUUGCCUUCGUUCAGAUUUGUGAAUUUCUCGACUUUUCUGACACGGAGAAAUCGUGCUUCAUGUUUGUCGAAGUUAAAUUGCCAAAACGAUGUUAGAGGGUAUUAUUAUUAUUAUUAUUAUUAUUAUUAUUAUUAUUAUUAUUAUUAUUAUUAUUAUUAUUGAUUCAAUAACGUGUGCUUUUUUCUGGCGUGGAAAGGAAUGUAGCAUUUUUACGGUUCAGAAUAUUAGGAGGCGAAUGCAGACGCGUGACCAAGAACUUCGGGUGGAAUUUUUAAGACUCUAUUUUUAAAGUUAGUUUGAAUGAAAUGACCGUUACACAGAGCCUAAAGAUCAUCAACAGGGUUUACUUGUUUGCAUUUUUAACUUGCGCACUACACUCAUUAGAAGUUCCAAGGUGAGCAGAACUUUAGCUGAUUCACUGCUGUGGCGAAUAUAUAUAUAUAUAAUAUAUAAAAAUUUCCUUUAUAAGCAACAUCUAGCUUUUUUCCUUCAAUUUAUUUUUUUUUUUUUAUAAAGAGUUUUUUUAAUGGAAUAAUAAUACACUUGUAUCUAUAAACCAGGGUAAAACUGUUCUCUGACACCUUCUACAAAAUGAAAACACUUGCAUGUUUGUAUUUAAAUGCUCCGCUGUAUAAAAUGUACAUAACGUCUCUUUUAGGGUAAAUUUUUAUGGCAGUUUAACAUUUGUAUGAAGUUGUAAAUAGAAUGUUAAUAUUAGACUCAUCAUUGCUGAGCUUCUCUUUUAUCGACACUGUACAUCAGGAUUUCCCCCAAUCACAUCAAUACUGUGUGUUUAUUUUGUUUGUUUGUUUUAAAGAUCUAAAUCUUUAUCCGUAGUGCUGUUUUAUCAUUGAACUUCUUCUUAGAAAGGCUUUGUAUGUUUUAUGUGAUGCGGAUCGUUGUGAUGGAGUGAUAUUGGGAGUUUUUAAUCCCGUCGGAAUGAGAUGUUGGACGUGAACCCUUUAGCACGGCCGUAGCCGCCGUCUUUCCGCGACGUUUCUGACGUGUACGUUCAGCUGUUCUCUGCGUGUUCGUGUCGUACUCAUUUUAGGAUUUACAAAAUGCAGAUUAUUUCUGCAAACGUUCUGCAGUCGGUUAUAAUCCAAAUCAGUUUAAAAUAUUGAAGAGAUUGAUCAGAGAAAUUUACAUAUUAUAUAAUGGAUGCAAUAUGAUUUACCAUUUAAAGGUACUCUCAUGAGCCUCGAUUAUCCUUAACUUGUAAUUUAAAAAACACUUUUUUGUGAAGUAUUACUGGAUACUAAUGGGUUUUCUGAGUCUUUGUAUUUUGCUGUAUUGAGAAUAAAAUAUAUAUGAUUAUUGA